UCAAAUGGUGAUUCUAAAACUAGUCCUGGUCCCGGUAAUAAGCAUAGACUUUUAAAGAACAGUAGUGUGUACACAAAUCAUACAAAUUUCAGAUUUAGAUGUGCAGUUUAAAAAAGCAUUAUUAAUUAAGUUAAUAAUAAAAGGUGUAUAUAUAUAUAAGCAAAUCUCACAACUAACAAACACCAAACCUACUUCCAUCACGCUCAUUCACAGAGUAGCUUCAACAAUGGAGAACCAGAAAGACGAGCAGCGAGUACCAGACGACAACGAGCCUCAACUCAAUUAUCCAGGAGUCAAAUCCAUGCCUCUCAUCAUAGGAAACGAAACAUUCGAGAAACUCGGAGCAAUUGGAACUCUUUCGAAUCUGUUAGUAUACUUAACAACGGUUUUCAACAUGAAGAGCAUAACCGCCACAACUCUGCUUAACAUCUUCAAUGGCACCACAAAUUUCUCCACUCUGAUCGGUGCAUACCUUUGCGACACAUACUUCGGUCGUUACAAAACCUUAGGUUUUGCUUCGAUCGCUUCAUUCGCUGGUUUACUACUGAUCGAUUUAACCGCGGUUUUUAAAGGCCUGCAUCCACCUGAAUGCGGAAAGAAAGAAGGCAGUCACUGCACCAGCGCCACACCGGCGCAAUGGCUGUUUUUACUAACCGGUUUCGCGUUGUUGAUAAUCGGAGCGGCUGGUAUACGGCCGUGUAAUCUAGCAUUCGGGGCGGAUCAGUUUAAUCCGAACACGGAGUCUGGUAAAAGAGGGAUAAACAGUUUUUUUAACUGGUACUUUUUUACGCUCACGUUCGCGCAGAUGGUGUCGGUUACGCUUGUGGUUUAUGUUCAGUCUGAUGUUAGCUGGCCGAUCGGGUUAGGGAUACCGGCGAUUUUUAUGUUUAUAUCGCUUGUGUUGUUUUUUGGUGGUACGAAAAUGUAUGUUAAGGUGAAGCCGCAGGGGAGUCCGUUUACGAGUAUGGCGAGGGUGGUAGUCGUGGCGGUGAAGAAGCGACGGUUGAAACUACCGCAACAACCGUGGUUGUCGCUAUUUAAUUAUCGCCCGCUGAAAUCUAUUAAUUCAGCUUUACCACACUCGAAUCAGUUCAGCUUUCUUAAUAAAGCGGCAAUCAUUACACCUGAAGACAAAAUCAACCCAGAUGGAUCAGCAUCCGACCCGUGGAAACUAUGUAGCAUCCAACAAGUAGAAGAACUGAAAUGUGUACUAAAAGUUGUACCCGUAUGGGCCGCAGCCAUCACAUACUCAAUAGCAAUGGCCCAACAAACCCAAUACGUUGUUUUCCAAGCCCUUCAAUCCAACAGAAAACUCUUCAACUUCCAAAUCCCAGCUGCUUCCUACACUGUAUUCACCAUGAUCACUUUAGUCAUCUUCGUACCCAUAUACGACCGCAUCAUCGUCCCCCAGCUCCGCCGCAUGACUGGCAAGGAAGGCGGUAUAUCACUCCUCCAAAGAAUCGGGUUCGGGAUAUCGUUAACGGUUUUAGCUUCACUCGUUUCGGCUUUGGUAGAGGGAAAAAGAAGAAACCUAGCACUUACAAAACCAACAUUAGGUUAUGAACCUCACCGAGGGGAGAUUUCGUCAAUGUCAGCAUUAUGGUUGGUUCCACAACUAUCGUUAGCUGGGUUUGCUGAGUCGUUUACUUCCAUCGGUUUGGUUGAGUUUUACUACAAACAGUUUCCUGAAAACAUGAGAAGCGUUGCCGGUGCGUUUUUCUUCUGUGGGAUGGCGGCAUCGAGUUAUUUAAACGGUUUCUUGGUGAUGAUUAUUCACCGCACGACAGAAGGUGCGGCCACUGGAAACUGGUUGCCAGAGGAUCUUAACAAGGGUAGAUUGGACUACUUUUAUUUCUUGAUAACUACUAUUGGAAUCUUGAAUUUAGGCUACUUUCUGGUUAUUUCAAGGUGGUACAGAUACAAAGAUACCAGUGCUGUCCAUAAUGGUGGUGCUGCCAUAUUGGAGAUGGAGAAGAAAUCUGAUAAAUCUCUAGUUUGAAAACUAAUAACUAUAUUUAUAUAUAGAAAAUGACACUAAUAGAAUCUAGAUUAUCAAGCUAUAGGAUCAAGUCAAAGUGUACUAAGAUUAUAUCGAUGUGUAUGUAUGUAUGUAUGAUGAUCUUUGUUUGGCCUCUAAACCAAUCUAUGCAGUACCCAGAUGAAGUUAUUAAACUUUCA